GCGCCCUCCGCCCACCGCGCCAGCCACGCCAUCCGCCGGGACUUCGAGCAGAGGGAGCCCUACAACUACCUCCAGGUGGCCUUCUUCCAGCUGAAGAAGCUGGAUCAGGCCGUGUCCGCCGCUCACACCUUCUUCGUCGCUAAUCCCCAGCACCUCCAAAUGCGGGAGGACAUAGAGAAGUACCGGCGCAUGUCAGGGGUGAAGUCAGACAACUUCCGGGACCUGGAGGCCACGCCGCACUGGGAAGCAUACGAGGCUGGGGUGCAGCACUACAAUGCAGAUGAGUACCUGCAGGCUGUGGCCAGGCUGGAGGAGUCACUCACAGAGGCGCUGUCAGCACUGGAAGAGUGUCGUGCCCUGUGUGAAGGGCCUUGGGAGGAUGAGGACGAUGAGGAGGAGGAGAUGCAACCUGGCCUGUACGAAGCCAUUGCAGCCCAUUAUAUUCAGGUUUUGAAGUGCAGACAGCAGUGUGUCCUUGAAAUUGCCACAAAGCCGGGGCGGAUUUCUGCCACGGAAGAUUUCAUACCAUCUCAUCUUGAUUUACUGCAGUUUGCCUACGAUCAAGUUGGGAACCAGGCACUGGCUGCUGAAUGUGCUGCUUCCUACUUGCUCUUCUAUCCCACGGAUGAGCCAAUGUUGGAGAAAAUGAAACAGUAUCGCACAGUACUGGGAGAGGACACAGCUGUCACAGCCAGAGAGAGUAUUCAACAUUAUGUGCAAAGAUCUUUGAUGGAGAAGAAGCUGAUUUAUUAUGCAGUGGAGCAUCUAGGAGGAACUUUUAAUGACCCUGAUCUUUGGACUCCAGAUGAGCUGAUUCCUGAAAACCUAAAGGAGAAACACAGAGAGGAUCAGGAGAAGCAAAAGCAGGAAACUUUGGAUGUGGAAGGGAGGAAGAAGAGGGCUUCCCCAGCUGAUGCUCUGGUUCCCCUGAAGCAUGUGAGGGGUGCAAGUGGCCCAGGUCUGCGAGGAGUGGGCACUUCUGGGGAACUGUCCUGUCUUCUCAGAGAAUGUCCUUUGCCUUUUGAGGGUAUUGCUGUCACGAUGGAUUCCCGCCAGAUGAAUGGAACCCAGAGGGUUGUGUUUGACGGAGUGCUGACGGAGUCUGAGUGUAAGGACCUCCUCCGGCUGACAAAGGCAGCAGGAGAAGCAGGAGAUGGCUACCGGGCAAGACGGUCGCCUCACACCCCACAUGAGAGAUUUGAAGGGUUAACCGUUUUGAAGGCCAUGCAGCUGGCCCAGAAUGGGGACGUGGACUGGAGAGAUGCCAAAUUGCUUCUGCAGACCAGUGAGAAAUCGCGGAAAAUCAUAGAGUCCUAUUUUACUCCUGGAAAGAAACUCCAUUUCUCAUUCACACACCUUGUGUGCCGCACAGCUGUGGACGAGGAACAGGAAGGUCGCAUGGAUCUUAGUCAUCCUGUCCAUGCUGAUAAUUGUCUCUUGGAUCCUGAGGGGCAAGAGUGCUGGAGAGAACCACCUGCCUAUGUGUACAGGGACUACAGUGGCAUUCUCUACCUCAAUGAUGACUUCCAAGGUGGGGGCCUUUUCUUUACUGAAAUGGACACUGUGACUGUCACAGCCGAGGUGCGUCCUAAGUGUGGGAGGCUGGUAGCCUUCAGCUCUGGCAAGGAGAACCCCCACGGCGUGUGGGCAGUGAGCCGCGGGAGGCGCUGCGCCAUUGCUCUCUGGUACACACACUCCCAGGAGCAUGCCGAGCAGGAGCGGGUGAAGGCAGAGGAGCUGAUGGAACAGAGGGCUGUGGAGCAGGACCGGCCUGAUGGAGAAGAACAUCAGGAGGCUGAUCACAGAGGCAGAUCCUCCUCAGAGCUUCCCUUUCCCAGCGGCGGAGCCAGGCCACAAGCCGCCGGCUCAGACAGGACGCAGCACCCCAAGGAGCUGCGGGCCAGAGAUGAAUUCUGAGUAUGCGAGGCCCCGGGGGCAGGACUGGCACACAACAUGGCCUGGCAGGUCUUGGUACUACCGGGACCUCAGUGGCCUGGAGCAGUGUAUUAGCAUGCUAGAGCCGUAGUGAUGGGGAGGGAUGCAGCUUUCUUCUCCGUGACAUCCCAGCAGCUGAAAAAUGGGAGCAAGGACAGAGUAUUAAAGUCAGUGACACCAGGAACUUUCUUCACUGCCUCACCAACAUGUUUGUGUGACUCAGAAGUAAGAAGGCAGGGUCUCCUCACCCCACUCCUCUCAGGGCCAGCUUCUUGGUCAUCCAGGGCCAAAUCCAAGAGGGGGAAGAGGAGCCUGGGGUCUUUCAGCAAGGGCUGUCUCACAUUCAGGAACUCAAAACAGAAGUCUCUGAAUUUCCUGGGCACCUGCAAACUCCAUAAACUCACAGUUGGUCUGAGAGAGGG